AUGUGGGGUUCGGGAAUCCCAUCUGCAUUCUAUGUUGCAAAAGAUUGAGACAUCCUUUAGGGAAACUGUUAGAAAGAACCAGUGUAAGACCAGAAACCCAAGGGGAAUUACUCUUAAAACAGAAUCUGAUGAAAUGGCUUCCAGUCAAGAUUGUACAGCAGAUGGAACUGAUAGCUCUAGCAGUAUGGUGUGUGGAUCUACUGCUGAUACAUUGGAGCAGGCAUUAUCUUUUAAAAUUGAGGUUGGGAGGAAUGAAGAUGAAAAAGCUGAUUCCUAUAAGAGAUAUCUAGAUUUCGAGAAGUGGACGUGGAAGGAAUGCUUUAAUCCCUCUGUAUUAUGUGCUAUGAAAUAUGGGAAGAAAAGAUGCUCAGAGCUGCUUGGCAUUUGUGAUGUCUGCCAAUACCUACUCUUCUGAAGACAACCACCGUUCUUGUUGUCAUGCUACUUUCAGUGCCCUUGAUGACUACAGUUUUUCUGAACACAUGGUUCAAUGUGAAGCAAAACAAAAAGUGGAUCCUAAGGGGACUUUCCAUGGUUCUGAUGUUUCUCUAACCAUGAGGUUCAGAUUGCUGAAGGCAAUGCUUGCAGUAAUUGAGGUUUCUAUUCCAUCUGAAGCCCUUCAACCUUUCUGGACUGACACAUAUCGAAAAUCUUGGGGUGUGAAGUUGCAGACUUCAUCAUCAGCAGAGGAACUUCUACAGGUUCCGUUUUCUUACAUGCUACCGUUUUUUUUUUUUUUUGGGCAUGUAACUUGAUCAAAUAAUUCAUCCUUAACCCUUUAGGUUUCUUUUUUUCAUGUACACUUAAAUCAAU